AUGGCUCUUUGCCUAGCCAACUCGCUGAUAGCUCGUCAUGAUUUUGUUCCCUACGAUCAAUUGGUUCGUUACAAGUGGUGGUAUCGAAAUGGCUACAUGUCAUCGACUGGACAUUGUUUUGAUAUUGGUGCGGCCACCAGACAGUCUCUUCAAGAAUUUGAAAGACGUCAGCGAAAAUUUGCGCAAGACCACAAUAUUCCCUUCAACCACAUGGAUUUUUUAUCUGACCCUAAUCUUCUCAAUCAGUUUGACGUGAAUUGUAGCAAAGACGGAGUGGCCGGCAACGGAGCUCUUAUGCGUCUCACACCAGUACCGCUCUUCUUCCACCGAUAUCCGGAAAUAGCCGUCGAGUACUCAGGCAUUAGUGGUCGAAUCACUCAUGGAGAUGAGAAGGCCUAUGAUGCUUGUCGCUAUUAUGGAGCUCUGAUUGUGGCUGCUCUUAGUGGUGUGGAGAAAAACGAACUGAUCAGUGACACAUUUUAUGAUGUUCACAAGCAAUGGUUCGGUAAGAGAACCCUUCAUUCAGACAUUAUGGAGAUUGCUCGAGGAUCUUUCAAAAAACACGGUGGCUAUGAAGACGGAAUUCGAGGAAAAGGAUACGUGGUCAAGGCUCUUGAAGCCGCUUUAUGGGCGUUUUGGAGUGAAGACUCCUUUGAGAAAGGUGCUCUAAAUGCUGUUAAUCUGGGCGACGAUACGGAUACCACAGCAGCUAUCUACGGCCAGCUGGCCGGCGCCCAUUAUGGUUACCGAAAAUUGCCCAGCAAAUGGCUACAAUGCGUCUAUGCUAAUAAUUUCAUGCACUGUCUAAGUAGCUGGAUCACCUACGAAGGAGAAAAGUGGUUUACAAAUCAGAAGACACCAGAUAUGACCAAACCAUCGAAUCAUUCCAGUCUAGCAUCUCGCAAUACGACAUCCAAUACGUCUAUCGUCUCGAAACAAGACUCUGAUUUGAGCAGUGAGAGCGGAUCGAUCAUUGAUGGCUCAUUGGCCACCAGCGAGCGCAAGGCAAUCGAUCCUUCCGGUCACAUUGGACUUUUCUACGAUGCAUGGCACGAUUGUAUACUGAAAUCACCAAGUAUUUCUAUCAAACCAAACGCGCAUUCGACAGCUCUACCUCCAAAGUGUCUGGUUGAAAGAGGCGACAAGCCUGAAUGUCAAAAUCUCCUUCGGUUCAUCGGUUUUGACGAUGAACUUCGAUUGAGUGUGCAAUCGGCCAUCGCUCCACCGACGGGUAUUGCCUCACUCGUCCAGUAUCCCUUUUUAAUUGAUGAGUGUACUCGUGUUUUGUAUUACUCCUAUUUGGUUCGACACGAAGCAUUGCCAGACGAAAUUAAUAACGCUAGAAAGAACAUCCAACGAUCGACAUGCGAAACUGUUGCCACUCAUGUCAUCACUGGAGUUAACUGGGGCAUUGAUAUUCUCAUUCUACUACGAUUGCCCCCAGAUGAUCCGAAGAUGAUUGACGACACACUUAACAAUAUAUGUCAAUAUUUGAAUAAUGAUACGAAAUUAUCUCGUACAGAUUCACUUGACCGAAUUCUUGAAAAACACAUUUAUUCGAACGCACCUGAAUUAACCAAGAAGACGACAAUAGUCGAUGUGUGUCAUGCAAUACACAGAUUAAAAAACGAUCCUACUCAUCAUCAACCAGUUUCCUAUAUCCUUCAACCCAUCAAAGUAUUCUAUCCUAAUGGCAAUAAAAAUGAUGACAGAUUUAUUCCAUUCGAACCGAAAACUGCUCAGAGAAUUGAGAAACAUUUGCUUCGAUUAUCAUGUGUAAACAAAAUGUGGCUAACAAUUCUUAGCAACGAAAUAUCUGACGUAUUAAAGAAAGAUCUUACAGAACAGUUGAACGAAGCAUGUGACUUAAAGUUGAAACUAGCAAAUGAAUACGAUAAGAAAAAGGAAACGUACGGAAAUGCGAUUCUAAAUAUUCGUCAAGGUAAAUAUUCACAAGAGGGGAUCAAUCAUCAUCUAUUGAUCGACGAUGACCAAGAGAUAACAUGGAAACGCAGUAUUGAUGAUUUAAAAUAUUGGCUAACAAUGUUGAAAAAAAAAGAAUGUUUUAUCAUGGAAUGGAAGACUCGAGGAUUUGAAUAUUGGAAUGCAAUCAAAUGCGGUGUCGAACAUGGCGACGAUGAUAACACCAUCGAAAGGAAGCUAAUGAAAAACGAUCGGCAACGUAUUCUUUGCUCUAAUGAUACAUUGAAUGAGAACAAUUGGUCAACAUUGGAGAUGCUAUGUUCACGCAUGAUUAAUGAACGCUUGACGAAACCUGAUCUGUGCCUUGUCUAUGCCGAUUUCGCCUAUUACGUUCUAGCAAGUAGAUCAGCUGUGCGUGUACUCGUCUCAUUUGUCGCUUUGAUCAAAAAUGACUUUGAACAUCAUUUCGUCCGCUCUGGCAAUCCUGAUCCUAACGAAGAUCACGAUCAUCCUGGUCAAUCGACAACUCUACGUUGCAAAUCGGCACAACUCUCGAAUAAACAUGCGCACAGCGAUUUGACCAUGGUCAAUGCUUGUAUCGAACGUGUGGAACAAAUUCCCAUGGUACGGAAACAAAUGGAUGCUGUCAGAAAAAUGCAAGAAACUUCUGUAUAG